CGCGAUUGGGGUUGCGCGAAGGGAGACUGCCGGUGUGGAAAGCUAACGCCCAACCACAAAGCCCAGUCGGUGUGUACACCAUCCAGGUGCACAUCAUCAUUAUCUGUCUCAUUUCUCCACCCGCACUCGCACGAGAGAAAUAAAAAUACUGUUUCGCGCUCCAAGGGGCAGGAGGGGAGAACAAAAGUCAUUCCUGAUCACCCCUUAAUCCCUAUUAUUUAUCAUUAAACAGUUGUCUCAUCCAAUUUGUCGAGUUGAGCGGGAGAAAAUAAAAAAAUUAUUCCAAUAGACCUGGAGAAUAACAACAUGCACUGGACUGCAUGCACUACGGAUGUACUUGAAUAAUAAAUAGUGGGGGUGGAGGGGGAGGAUUAUUUGAUGAUGCAUUUAAUCCGGAUCGCGGAUCCACCGUGUUAUUUUCAAAGGAAAACAAAACGUUGCGUUGACGCGACUUGAUCAGAAAAGACUCAUGUGUUGUACAUUUCUCAGCAGAUAUGCAAGACUGAAUGUUCAGCCAGUGGAAUGAUGAAUGGAAAUGUAAGUAGUGGAUAUUUUAAUGAGCAUGUCUCGGGGUAAUUGCUCUCGGCUGGGAUUAUGCAUUCUGCUUUUGGCAAACACUAGAAUGACCAGUCCCUGGAUCAAUUAUCCCAUCUUGAUAGUAACUUUCUCAGUUCUGGCGAGUCCUACGGACGUUGAAUUCUGCGGUGGUCAUUUAAUGUCGCCAAGGGGAAUAAUUCAAACGCCAAACUUUCCUGGACCAUUUUCCGUGCCCAUUAAGUGUCGCUGGGUGAUAGACGCAUCGGACAUACCAUUUGGCAACAGUUCCAUUGUUAUUUAUCUCACCCAGUUGUACGUUUACAAGGGCUUAAAAUUCACCGAGUACGCUUAUUACGAGUCUGACAGUACAAAUUUUGGCGCCACACUCAUAAAAAAAGUAACGGAGAGAAAUGUUUUUGAAUAUCGUUGGCUGAAAACGUACAGGCCAUAUCUUGUUAUUGACUUUAAACUGGACCGACUUGAGGGAAAUCACGUACGAGUACUUCAUGAUCUUCUCGAUGUUUAUGGCUUCAAUGUCACGUACGAAGUGACGGAGGCAGAUGCCAAGUCAAAUUCUUGCACGGUUAGGGACUGCUCUUUUGCGGGAAAUUGCAUACUCGAUCCUACCUACGAGUCAUUUAGUUGUCAGUGCUUCGAGAAAUUCAGCGGUGAAAAAUGCUCUCACGGACCACUUUGCAUAGAUGAUAAACGAGAGAACAUGUGUAGAAAUGGUGGUACCUGCAAGCAUAUUGGAGCAGAAGCUGUGAGAUGCCUCUGCAGUCCUGGUUACACUGGAAACAGUUGUGAAAUACCGGUUUUAAACGAUACACAGGGAGAUUGCCAGGAUCCUACCUGCAUCCACCAAUGCCCGUACUCACCGGAGGCUCAAAAACCGUGUGGGUGCACUGAUCGGAUACCUGUGUACGAUAAGCGGGCGAGAUACGAAUGCCGCAUAAAAUUAGCCAACUUCACGGCUUUCCGGAAUGGAACCAACACACAGGCAGAUUCUACUGAGGCAUUAUUGCGGAAGCAAUUGGCGAGAUACCUCCGCAAUGCGAAUGUAUCAACAGUGGAGGACCUCAAAAUUCUGAAUGUGACGCCGUCGGCGGAAGUUACGUUUCACUUCUUCGGUGUCUCCGACGAUGGGGACAGAAUAAGAGAAGCCCUGAAUCGUCUUCUUCAGCGGAAACGUCUCAGUGACUUCACAUUGGAGUCAACACACUUUACGUUCCAGCAAAAACCUUCAUUAAGACUCCAGACCUUGCGGGUCGAUGAGCACGAGGUGCGAUUGGGGGAUCAGUUUGUGCUGUCGUGCAUCGCUCAGGGGAGCGAGGGGAUUAAAUUCAGCUGGUACAAGGAUAACAUGCUCGUCAAUAUCAGCAAAUCCACGAGAGAAAUAUGGCACCGAGAACUGCCAGAUGACGGCUCAGACGUGCAUACAUCACUCUUGACAAUCGACAAAGCGACUCUAUUAGACGCGGGUCAAUACACGUGUCGAGUGGCUGAUUGGGGAAUGGAGCAGUGCAAGAAUAUUCAUAUCGAUGUCAGAGACGAGCCCGACGUCAAAGUCGUCCCCAUGAGUGCCACCAUCGAGAGAGGAAGUAAUCUUCAAUUACUGUGUAUCACACCGAAUAUGAGGAGUCUUGGGAUAGGCUUUGGGUGGACGAAAAAUCGUGCACUGCUGAAGCUGGAGCCAGGACGCCAGUUCUGGGAGGAUCUAUAUCCUGCUGGGAGCAUUCUCAAGAUCAUCAACGCUCAGAAAUCAGCGAUCUACACUUGCAACGUAGCUCAGCGUUCGAUGUCAGUUAGAGUCGAAGUGGUGAACCGCACGUUGAUACCGAUAUGCCCUCGUGAUAAUUCUUGGGGUUUGAUCUGGCCCGAGACUGGUCCCAACUCAGAGGCCCUUUUGGACUGCCCCAAGGGCUUCAUUGGGCCCAGAGUGUCGAGGCUCUGCUCCAUGAGGGACGCAACGACGUCCGUUUGGCAGUUACCUGACUUCUCAGAGUGUUCAUAUCAACCGUUCAUAGUACCUUAUUCCAAUUUUCGAAGUUUAACUUUAGGCUAUCAAAACACAACAGGCUCAAAGACAAUCAUCUCACUGUGGGAGGCACUGAGAUCCCGAAAAUUACCCCUAUACCCAGGGGAAGGUGAUAGACUCCUAGGUAUAAUCGCGAUGAUCGAGGACUAUCAAAGCUCAAUAAACAACCUCGAUGACUUGUACAAUUCUGCCGAAGUGUUAACAAGAAUAGUUAAUAGGAUACUGACCGAUGAGAACUCGAUAUUGACGCGUGACAAGCAGCUCCUCGUCCAGCAACUCAACCUGAGGAAUUUGGAAUAUUGGGCGAGACUUUUAAUUUAUCCUUAUAAGCACUUGGUACUUUCGUCUGUUGUCGUCGAUAUCCAGGCGCUGCACGGGACUGGAGAUGACUGGAGGGAGCAUCUGCUGCGGGUGCCGGUGGACGAUUACAUGUAUCCCCAUUGGUACAGUGAUAGGAUCACAAUUCGCCUCUUGGAGUCAGAGAUUGAUACCAAUAACAAUAGAACCUUCGGGGGAAUUGUCAUUGUUUAUAAAAAUAUUACAAAAUUUCUGCCGAAUAUGUACGUCAAGGAACUUGAGGAUGGAACGGACUUGGAAUACCGUUUUCACUCUCGUCUAGUAACCGUAGCCCUAUUCCCCGGCCUCGAUGACCGCAGCGAUUCGAAAAUUCAGAUAGAACUUCGAAUGCGAUAUCUGCAGAAUAUCACUGGCUCGUGGAAUGUAUCCUGUGGCGUUGAAGACCACAGUGGGUCCUGGGAUUUGAACUCGUGUUCAGCAACAUUAAUCAGGGAUGAAAGCUCCACCCAGUGUCUGUGCACAAAGCCAGGAACUUUCGCGGUAUUUCUGACUGCCCGAGCAACGAAAGAUCCGCUGGUGCACGAUAACCAGACCACGUUCAUAGUUCUUCUGGGGUGUGAACUGUGUCUACUGGAGAGCACGAUAUCAUCUUUUAUUCUCGUAUUUCAUCUGUGGAAAAACCGUACGUGGUUGAAUUUUUUGAAGCUACAGUGCGCAGCGGCACUCGUCGGGGCAAUGGGAAUCUUCAUUUAUGCCAUUCAGAGCUCAUUGGCUGAGAGUUCAUAUGCAAUUGUCGCGGUGACGUUGGAGGCAUUUCUCCUGAUGGCGAUGUCAUCCCCAAUAUCUCAAGCUUUAAUAAUCUACGCUGAUCUGACACAAGUCCGUCCGAGUCAGCAAUUUCAGCCUACUGUGAUAGCCGUGAUAACCGGCCUCCCAAUUAUCUGCAUUUUAACAACUGAAUUGACCCACAAGAGCACCGGUUGGCGACACGAGUCCUGGUGGUUGAUUUUUGGCACUGGGGUUUUUAAUAUUUUUAUCAGCUGUGUUGCCACAAUGCUCUUAAUUUUUCUCCUGCUGUACAGUGGAAUUCUGUGCAAAGCUCACGUCCUCAUGGAUCAGAGAGCUGUCAAGAAGAAGAGCAUUGAUGGAAAAAUUGGAUUACUCCAUCGAGCUGCACUCACUAUUUGUGGGCUCAUCGUAAUGGAAGCCGCCUCCAUUUUGUAUGUCAACUCAUCAGCGAUUAUUUAUCAUUAUUUUUUUGGAUGUAUCUCCUGUCUUCUGGGGUUUGUCAUACUUUUUUCCUACAUUGGAGGAGGAGAAAUUAAGCUAUUCGUUCCCAUCCUAAGGAGGUUGAGAUUUGCUGACGAUGUGGAGAUCAAAUCUAAUUCAAUUAAAGCUUCAUCAAAACCACCUGAUCUGGACAACGAAAUGACCCCCCAAUCCACAACAAUUCUGAACGGUCGAGCCUGCCGACCACCACGUGAGCCGACAUUGAGCUCCACCGCAAUACGCUACACCACGGAAAUACCCCUGUCACACCAAAAAUCCUCACGAAUGGCUCGACGACCCGAUGCCCGAAUUUCCCACACCGACGACAUAAACCUCGAGAACUACAGCACAAGCCCACGAAAGUACCACGAGUCGAGGAAAUACGACAAAACAAAUACUCCCCAGCAGAAUCAAUACUGCCAGCGAGAUAUCUACGAUGUCAAUGCCAGAAUAAUUCAGCCCCACGAGCCAACGAAACACGCGAAUUCCAGGGAUAUUCAAACGUCAACCUAUGCCGAUUCCAUAACUGCCGAAUGCUCAACAACGGUAUUAUGUAGUGCCGAUAUUGAAACUAGAAUGGGCUUAAGUGCCCUGCCAGAUGUUACUCUGGCAACUAAAAGUGACACUGAACAUUCAAAUGUUGAAUUAAUCCCUCGCGAGGUUGUAAAUGUUAUUCCGGAUAUCGCCAGCACUGGGGGACGACGGCAGCCCGAUGGUGAGGAAAAGAGCGAGGAUAUUGAAAAUUGUGAAAAUACCGCUGGAAUGCUAGAUCGGAUUUCACAUGAUCUAGAUUAUUUGUUGAAUCGCACCGGCGAGGAAGCAUGAAUUAUUUAUUCAACGGAAUUCCCAGGGUAUUGACAGGUGCACACGAAAAUUUUGGACUCCGACGAGGUGUCGUCGCAGGCGUUUGAAACCUAUUGGAUGUUUCAGUUAUUUGUCUAUCGAAGAUGGGUCCUAAGGUGCAUAUACUUGAGGAAAAAAAUUUAAAAACAUGCACAUUUCCUAUUGAUCUAAAUCGAUUAAACUUUACUGUUUUCGAUUGAAAAAUAAUGAGACCAGUCAUGUAAACCUUUUUUUGUUACUAUCACUUUUCAGUGCAUUGUCAUCAGGGUUCGAAAAUCAAAAUACUAUUUAUACUAUUUAUUCAUAAUUUUAUUUCAACAAAUCAAAAAAUGCCAUACUCAUGUUCUCGACCUUCAUUAUUCGUACCGAUAAUUUAAAAAUAAAGAUGAUACUUUUUAUAAUCGGU